AGCAGAGUAUAAAUACCGAGCUUUUUAUAGAGAAAGGUUAUUUCCUUUGACGAUAUGGAUCCUUCAAUACCGACGAAUCAAGUUGCUCUGGUGGAGUCCAACAGCACCCCAAUGGGGAUGCAGUUGGUCAGUUCGAAAAAGACGAACAAAGCUUCCGCAGCAACUGACAUUGUGGAACUUGCAAAAGCCGUACAAAAGGCUGAUGAAUUCACAAAGGCAAAUGCAGGCAAUAAGUUGACAGUUAUAGCAGACCAGAUCCGAUAUCUUCAAACUCAAGCAAGAAAGGUAUUAGAAGAUGCCAAGCGAGACGCAUCGUUACACCAUGCUGCCUGUAAUAUAGUGAAGCGUCCCGGUACAAUGUACUAUUUGUACGAGAGAGAAUCUGGACAGAGUUACCUCAGCAUUCUCUCCCCACAGGAAUGGGGAGCCAGUUGUCCUCAUGAAUUCUUGGGCGCCUUCAGGCUGGAGUACGACCAGUCGUGGACACCCAUCAAGGAAGUUGAGAAACGUGACACAGAGAAUGCGAUCAUUGACAAGAUCUACAACGCUAAGCUGGCCAUCACGGCGGGUUCCACCACCGCAGAUCUGCUGGGUUUCAGGAAGGUGGAAAGUUCCUCACAGAUAGCAGAUGUAACCGAAGUUCAGGGGGCAGAAGGAGAUAGCUAGGGUUUUUUUAACAAAAGGUUUUUAUAGUGACAUGCAGUGGAGUCUUUCUAAAAUAAACAUAACUGUAAUUGUAAGUAUUUAACACCCCCAUCAGCGCAAUAUAGGUGCAUUAGCCUUUUCUGUCAGGGCUACUUCAGACUGAGUGUGAGAAAGCAUCCUAGGAGACUGACAGCCAAACUUUUCAAAACAGAAAUCAAACUCACACAUUCUGCUUGCGUCGACAUCUCAUACGUUGCUUGAAAUAAACUUGUAUCGAAUGGAAUAUUUCAACUACAGCUAAAAUUGUCCAAGAUGGCCACCCAUUGUGAAGGAGAAAAAGCGGUUGUCCAAGACAUUGGGCAGUGUCAUUAUUAUAUUAUUAAAGAAAAAAACCCACAAAGUGGGAAGUGGUUAUGUCUCCAGGUGGUUGUCUUGGACUGGUGGCUGUAAGAGCAGGUUUGACUGGUAUGUGCCAAAUGUUUCAACUGAAGUCCCCAAAAUGGAAUUGGAUCAGUUGUCUUUUUGUAGGUGUUUAUUAUACUUGGACUCCUCUGUGUGUGCUUUUGUAUAAAUCAUGUACAAAGACUUCAUGGAUUGUUGAAUGGAGAAGGAAUUGUGUGAGCCUGUGCAUGAUUGCUGAGGUAUGGACGUGCUGUAUUGAAUGUAAUGUGAAUUUUGAAUGACAAGCCCUUUUGCUAUUUAUAUAUCUGGAAAUAUCUGUGGCAGCAAGAAAGUGUGAUUUCUGGUUUGUUUGUGUGAAUAACUAUUUGUAUUAUUGCUUUCAUCCUAUGAUUAUUGCAUCUAUUGAACGGAUCAACUGGCGAUGAUCAUGUGGAUGCAUAAGCCGUUAAUGAAUUGGGAAGACAAGUUUUUAUGAAUUUUUAUGAUCUGCACACUAUUUAGUGAAACUUAUUGAUAGCAAUCUGCUUUAAACGGUGUGACUGUCUCCUAAUUAAAUUGUAUUGUAAUUGGGUAUGCACACAAUGUGAUUUAUCAAAGUUACAAGUUUUAUUGUGACCUUAAACCUAUUUGUUUUAAAAAUAUUUUGAAGUGAGUUACUCUCCAUGUCUAUUUCAAGUCAGAUAAUGGCCAGCAGGCUGAAGCUCUUGACUCUGAUAGAAUACUAUCAGGGCUUAAGUGCUAAAACCUUUAUGGGAUUUUUUAAAUCUGCUCUUGGAACUGAGGAAGUAACGAGGUCCUCAUAGCUCUUUGGUGCAAAAUAGAGUAGCUUACAUCAUAGGAAGUGAAAUUGUGUACUCCCUAUGAAGACAGGUUACUGAGAAUGUAAUAGAUGUUUUCGCGUCAUUUUUCUUGUAAUAAUUACAAGAGCAAUUGCUAUAUUUUAGACAGAGUAGGCUACCUUCUCCACCAAGCUCAUCAUUGGACUGGUUUUGUUGCCUUUGUUGACCCCAGGAAGUGAAGCUUUCCUGUCAGCAAUGAACCCCCCCUCCCC